GGCACACACACAUCUACACGACACACACACACAGUCUCGCACACAGUGACAUUCUUGGUUUAGCUGCAUUCAAAUGAGGUGAUUUAACUGCUUUGGUUAACACAGUGCAGAGCGGGACCAAUGUAUUUUCUCAGGCAGGACAAAUCGACUUGGUUAACAGGUGGGACUUAAUGAUUUUACAGAUUUUAGUCUCAUUAUCGCCUUUCUCACAUACUCACAUUUCAGAGUAUUUGCUCAUUUAAAUUCUACCAACUCUUUUUUAAGGACACCUGAAGAGCUUUGCUGCAACUUUUCAGCCUUUUUUUUCUCCACCCCCCUCCCUCGUCUAAUCUUACACUUAAAGCCGGUGCUCGCAGGUUAAACGAGGGACAAGCUGUUUUUGUUUUCAACAGUGCUAUUUCAAUUGGCCAGUUUUCCUGCUCGACUUAGCCUGUGGAGGUGGUUGGUAGGUUAUGAGGACGGCAAGAUGGAGUUCCCAGACCACAGCAGACAUUUACUCCAGUGUCUGAGCGAGCAGCGGCACCAGGGCUUCCUGUGUGACUCCACGGUGCUGGUGGGCGAUGCCCAGUUCCGGGCCCAUCGUGCUGUGUUGGCCUCCUGCAGCAUGUACUUUCACCUCUUCUACAAGGACCAGCUGGACAAGAGAGACGUGGUGCACCUCAACAACGACAUUGUCACAGCCCCAGCCUUUUCCCUGCUCCUGGAGUUCAUGUAUGAGGGCAAGCUGCAGUUCCAGGACCUUCCCGUAGAGGAUGUGCUGGCAGCGGCCAGCUACUUGCACAUGUAUGACAUUGUCAAGGUGUGUAAGAAACGUUUGAAGCAGAAGGCCACGACGGAGGCAGACAGCACGCGCAGAGAGGAGGAUGGUGGCUCCAGCUGCUCUGAUAAGGCCGACAGCCUAUCAGAUGGUUCUACAGGCCGGCCUGCGACUGCCGACCUGCUGCACAGUGAUGAAGAGGAGGAGGCAAAGGCCGAGGGAGGACCGCUGUGGCUGAGGCUGCCGUCUGCAGACCGACCAGGGACGCCAGCCAUGGCCACGACCAGCCCAGGGCACGGCGAGGCAGAGAUGCAGGCUGGGGAAGGGCUGUUGGAGGGAGGAAAGAUGCUCUCCCCGGCCGGCAGCCCCACCAGCUCCACUGGAUCGCUCUCUCAGAGGUCCCACCGCUCCGUGAGCUCUCGUGGAGGGCACCGGGGCAGGAGGGUGUCGAAUGAUGCGGCUGACUGCGUCCUGGACCUGUCAGUCAAGCCCAUUGCAGGUAGCAACCACAGUAACCACCACCAGUCCUAUUUCAGUGGGGCAGCUACGCCGGACAGCCUCCAAAGCCCGUUGGCUGUUAGGGUGAAGGUGGAGAGGGGUGUGGCUUCCGACGAGGAUGAGGAAAUGGGAAGUGGGGACUAUGACAUGGAGCACAGCGGCAUCACCAAGGCGACGAUUCCCAGCGCCAACGGAGGCCUGACCCACCACGGGGUCGGAGGGCCUCUGUCGGCCCAGCGGAGGCUCGGCCUGGAAGCGCACCUGUCCGCUCUGCGAGAGGCCUCUCUGGCCUCAGAGUUGGAGCGGGACGAGAAACCUUCGGCCACGGCAGAUGACGAGGACAUACUGGGGGGUGACAACGAGCGAGCCCAGGCCGAGGUGGGUAGCAUGGAUAGUUCCCUGCUGCCCUACGUCUCCAACAUGCUGUCGGCUCAACACACCCAGAUCUUCAUGUGCCCGCUGUGUAACAAGGUAUUCCCCUCCCCGCACAUCCUCCAGCUUCACCUUAGCUCCCACUUCAGGGAGCAGGAGGGCAUCCGCUCCAAGCCCGCUGGAGACGUCAACGUGCCCACCUGCACCAUCUGCAGCAAGACCUUCUCCUGCAUGUACACGCUGAAGCGCCACGAGCGGACACACUCUGGUGAGAAACCCUACACCUGCACCACCUGCGGCAAGAGCUUCCAAUACUCACACAACCUCAGCCGCCACGCAGUGGUGCACACACGUGAGAAGCCGCAUGCUUGCAAGUGGUGCGAGCGGCGAUUCACGCAGUCCGGGGACCUCUACCGACACAUCCGCAAGUUCCAUUGCGAACUGGUCAACUCGCUGUCAGUGAAGAGCGAACCGCUGGCACUGCCCAAUGUCAGGGAUUGGGCGAUUGAGGACAGCUCCCAGGAACUGUGGAAGUAGAAACAGACUGCUGGGUUUGACAAAGGGAAAGAGAGGAGAGUGAAAGAAGAGCAGAGAGUCAUAGGGAGGUGAAAGGGAGGUGGCAAAGUUUGAUGUUUGGGGUUCAAGUGAGUCAUGUUCUUGUGUGUCGCAAAAUCUCAUUCAAUUGCACUUUAAUAGCACAUGAAAAUGUUACUACUGAGUUUCUUUGUUGUUGCUGUUUGGGGUAAUUUUGUUUUAUUCUAUUUUAUUCUGAUCUCUUUAUUUUUUUUGGCAUAAGUUCUGUUUGGUGGUUUUCAUUGCGUCUAAGGACAUGGGUCCCAGUGAGAAUGUCUCGCCUUCUCGAAGAGUUUUCACUCUGUUUGUGUUUCAUCUCAGACACAACACUCCAACGCUGGCCAGCGUAUCGGUCCCAGUUCCACAGACAGCAAACACCACUGCAGGAGUUCAGGUCGAACACACUGAAGUGAAAAAGCAUUACAAUACACUAAACGGGUACUGUGAUCACCACACACACACAGUUUGAAGAAGUGUGUGUGUGAUACUGCACUACUCUGGCAAAAAUUUCACCUGACGUGCGUGAGUGUGUAUGAGUGUGUUUUGUGUGUAUUAAUUUUAUUUUCUACUGGCAUGGAGGUGUCGUUGGCGAAGCGCUCCCCGCUUCUCCUGUUAAGCUCUUUGGUGUUGUGUGUUCAGGGUAAAGCUGACUGACUGACAGACUAACUGAUGGCACUCAUGCAAUGCACAGCCUCCUUUUUUCACUUCCAAUCAAUUUGAAGUAUUUUCUAAAAAUGAAAAGACCUUUACAAAUUAUUAUAAUAAUUAUUAUUAUUGUUAUUAAUAGAAUUUUUUUCUUAAAUCUAGCUGGCAGUCUUUAAAACAUCUCUUGUUGAAAAGGUAUUUAAUUUAAGGUUGUUGUAUAUUGUUCUGCUAUAGUUUUAGAACUUAAAUCCGUUAAAUUUUUUUUUAAAUUAAUGAUUAUUAUUAUUAUUAUUAUUAUUAUUUUGUUACUUUUUUUGUAAUGGGACCUGCUGUUGUUGCAUGACGUCCAAACCUGUAUAUUUUAAAAUAAAAAUGUGAAUUUGCUGUAUUACUGUACACAUUGUAAUUGAUCAAAUAUUUGACAACAGGCUUUCCUUUUUCUUUUCUUUGUGAAUACUACUCCAGGGUGCGGUCUGUUGAAAAACUGAAUAUUAUUCUCACGACUAUGGAAAAAAUGCAUGAAAAUUUGAUUUUGUCUUAAACCUUUACGUUUUGGUUUUUGCAUCGGACGGGGUGGGGGGAUGUUUGAACACUUUUGACAGUGAAAAGUUGGAUUUUUUUUGUACUCGUCCUAGGUCUGUCGCUGGGCUCCUAGAAGAAUGUUACCGAAUGUGUUUCCGUCGGAUGUUGAAGCGAUAUGAUGAAGCAUUUUAAGCCUGUGUGUAUAUGCACUGAUCUCUCUGCUGCGUGCGUGUGUGUUUGUGUGUGUGUGUGUUUAUGAGCGUGUGGCUUGGUUAUUACCAGUCAAUUUAACCUACUGAAGAUCUACGUCCACCCAGCACUUCCUCCUCCUGCUCCUCCUCAGGCGUUCAAUUUCUCCACUGCUGUAUGUUUGUUUUCCGCCUCUCAUGUCUCCGUCCUCUCCAGCUCUAGACGUGCUGAAGCCAUUUCUUAAUUAUGUCUGCUCAUUGGGCACUUACUUCAGGUCUGUUGAGUGCAGUUAUGUGGCUCUGACUUGGCUAAAGCGUGAAGAAUAACAGGGAGAGAAAAAAAGAAGGAGAGAGGCUGAAACUGAGCUGUCCUGCUGAAAGUUGAAGGGCCACAUAUCUUUGUCAGAGCGGGGCCGUGCUGAUUCAGUACAAUAACCCACAUUAGACGCAGUGGCGUGAAUGUGAUAAGACGUCUGUAUGUAUGUGUGUGUGUGUGUGUGUGUGUGUAUGUUUUCCUCUUAAAACAUAAUCCUUACUUUGAGAUCGUUGGCAGAGAAUUGGCAUGCCUGAAUGCACCUUUUUAAGCUAAAAGACAUGAAAUCAGAUUUUUUGCUGAAAAGAUGCCUUUAUUGAAAAAAAUACAUUUCUGAUGCUAUGGAAGUAUUUGAUACUGUAGAGCAUUGGGAAAGAGUUGUUAAACUUGCAUAUAAAUUCAUGGAAUUUAUUGAAUUUAUCAGAAAAUGAUGUCUUAUUAUAUUUUGAUCAUGUGAUUGGAAAACUCGUUUUUUUGUAUGUGAAUGUUGUGUUUGCAUUGGGGGCUACAUCAGUUUAAUUAUUUUAUUAUAUUUUAUUUUUUAACCUCUGUAUCUGUUAUUUUUUUGUUAGAAUUUCAAAAUAAUGGUCAAGCGUUUAUACAAUCCAAAAGCAUUUGACACAGAGAUGCUAAAAAGUGAACGCUCCACAUUUCCCCUCACUCAGAUAUGUCUGUGUGUGUGUGUGUGUGUGUGUGUGUGUGUGUGUGUGUGUGUGUGUGUGUGUGUGUGUGUGUGUGUGUGUGUGUGUGUGUGUGUGUGUGUGUGUGUGUGUGUGUGCGCACGCCCCCAUUAAUGUGCAUGUGGUGGGUGGGGUGGUUGUAUGUGUUGCCCUGUCAUCUGGUGGCACCUACAGGCUUUGCCAAGGCAACAGUGUGGGUGACAUUGCGGCAGUUUGCACCGCAUCGUCUAAUUUUUUUCUUUUCUCAAACGUUAUUUCUUCACUGGCAGCGUCUCUGCAUAUGGGCUCACUCCAUCCUGCUGUUGUUUUCAUCAUUACUGCUGUUUUAUUGUUCUGUUCCUCUGGUUGUACUUGACCGCCUUAAACUGCUGUAGUCCGGGCUGUUUUUUAAAUUUUUAUUUUUAAAUGUGAGCGUGGGGUGGAGUUGUGGGAGCGAUGUCAAGACGCUGUGAAGUAACCACCCCUGAUGAAAAAAAACAUCUCCAUCUUUUGCUGUGCUUACUUGAAAACAAAUGGGGGAGAUUUUUUUUAAAGGUAUAAAAAUGUUCAAAUGUCAUAGACAGUUUAUGGAAAGGCAGAUGGGGGGUGGGGGGGUGGAGGGUGGGGGGCGUGAAGUGACUGAGUCUGUUUUGAAAAAGGACAAUCACUGUCUGGGAAAAAAACAAGCAGAUUUUCAGAUAUAUUUGCUCCCUCUUGAGAUUAAAAAUUUUCUUUGCUUUUCUUUUAUGUUCCUUCUUCAGAUUUAGUCAUUUUUAGCUUUGACAAUCAUAGUUGGGUUGAUUUUUUUUU